GUGCAUUGUGCUGCCCGUGCAAUGCGACCGCAUCGAGAAUUCUGGACAGUGCUGCAGCCUGCAGACCAUAGAACACGCUAGAACAAUUAUUAAGCCCAGCCACGAGAUGAAUAAGAUGUACAACAACAAAACAACUAGAAGUGAGAUGUGCAACUUCUGAAGAUACCCAACAACAUUUUUAUUUCGCAAAACUUUUUUUGUAACACAGCGACACUUACUAUGGCGCGUGGCCUGCUCAAAUUCCUUUUAGCGGUGGGACUCCUGCAUCAAGUGCACUCCCUAGCGCACAAACAAGUUCUCUCCCUUUUUAAAGAGAAGUUCACUCGUGAUGUUUACAGUCCCCGGAACCGACCUGUCAAAAACAGUUUGGACACCAUGAUCGUGACCGUCAACAUAAUAACCAAUUCCAUCUUCAACGUUGAUAUGAAUUCGGAAAAAAUCCAUCUUGGCGAAAGUUUAUUUUUCUCUUGGACUGAUGAGUUUCUGACCUGGAAUCCUGAUGAUUACGGGGGUGUACAGGUCAUAAAGACCCACCCAAUGAUGAUAUGGCUUCCUCUUGUUUAUUCAGUACUGCCCGCGACGAACAAUGAACCAUUUGCUGACGCUCAAGGCCAGGUGAUUGUACGUCAUGAUGGACUUGUCUUUUGGAAACCAGGAUCUCUCCCUUUAGGUGCAGACUGUGUAGAAGAUUUUUUUGACCGGAUGGACUGUGAAGCACAGCUAGCCUCAAAGAUACACCCAGCAAAUGAGUUAGCUUUUGUGAUAAAGAUACAUCAAACGCAGAAAACCAGCGACACGUUGGAUGUUGAGUGGAAGCUUCUACAAAAAAGUAUUACCACGAUCAACAAAACGCUAUGGUCAUUAGAUCAAUCCUUUUCGACUAUCCAGUUUGAUUUUACAAUCGGGCGCCCGUUUACACUAACUGAUCUGGUUCUUGUGAGUUCGAUGGCGAUGUUCUCUUUAAUGUGUGUGGUGGUCUUGGUUCUCUUUCCCGUACCGAGCACAAAACUUGUCACUGCUACAUUGUUGAUUUUGGCACACGGCUGUUUUCUGAGAGCUAGCGGUUAUGAUUUGCCGAACCUAGCGAGUCUGAUGAAUGUACCAGUCUCCAUAUUCGUUGGUGCCAUAUUAGUGAAGUACGUUGUUGACGUCUGCGAGCGGGAGAGGAAAAAAAAGAACAUUCUAAAGGCAGGAAAGAGAAAGGCCAAUUUCCAUACUCAGAAGACAAAGUCACGCAAAACGGCCGAGCAAAAUGGCGAAAAUUUUGAAGAUGCUGACACGCCCUCCACUGAUACUGAACUCAGCGACAUCAACAACAAAAUAAAACUUUACAAAACAUUAGCAGAUAAGUUUUAUUGGGUAGCUACGUUCAUUUUCUGUGCAUCAUGGUUGUGUGCCGUAGCUUUCGUUAGAUCCGAGGUAGAGUUUUAAAAUAGCCUGCUGCCUGAUCUUCUUUUUAAGCGGGACAUUGGUUUACCUCAAAAUGUUUAGAGUAAAAUACCAUAUAUCUGUUUAAAAUGAUUUAUAUAAAGGCAAAAUCACAAUUGGCAUUUAAUGUAUCUAAAUUUAUUUAUUUUUACCUUGGAACACAUUUUUAUCUAAAUUAGAACCGUUUUUUAAACUAUUUAAUAAAAGACUUUUUUGUUUAGUUUUACUGACUCCGCACAAAAUUUAAAGAUGUAUAAAAUUAUUAUGGAAGUUUUUGCAUCUCUAUAUUCUUAAUUUCUUUCCUACUUUAAGCUUAGUAGCCUUGAAACUGCUUCUAGUACAAUAAUUAGGAUUUUUAAAACUGUGAAACAUGUAUUAAAUCUUGUUUGAAAUUUUGUUUAAAAAAUUAUAGUAAAGCACACUGCGUGUGUUUAAAUAGUGUCAAGAAACUACAUCAAGAACAUAUAACGCCCAAAAAAAAAAUGAAACGCAAGUACCCUGCAUUACUUUUGCGUUCUUGCUGCGUUUUUUUAAUCAUUACAAAAAAUAUUUCGCGAUUUGUUAUUUAUCCAAGGGCAAGAUUAAUUUUGUGAGGAGUAGAUCUUUAUUUUCAUGUCUAGAAUAUUUAGUCACCAAUCGCUACAUGGUUACUGCUUGGUUACCAUAAUGACAUCUAGAUAUUUUCUCUGCAAUCUAACAUAAUUUCAGCAACUAGAUUUUAACCGUGUGAUAACACAGAAAUUAAUUACAAAACAAAUCUAUAUAUAUAAUUCUCCUCUUCGAGCCGUUAGAAAACAAGCUGCAAACGCUCUCCUUACCUCCCCACCCCUACAUGGUUUUAGUGAGCUGUGUUCACUCUAAAUG